CAAUAUUAUCACUCUCCUAAUUCUACACAUUUUCUACUCAAAUUUAUCCCACCAAAUCUAAUUUCUAUCUAACAUUUAAUUUGGAAUUUAUUUCUUAAUUUCACUUUUGAUAAGUUAGGGAUUAGUUGGUUUGAAGUUGGGGGAUAGAAGUUGGAAGAUCGCAAAAUUAAAUCAAAUUUAUUCUUCAAAUUCAUCAUCAAAUUUGAUUGAGGAGUAAAGUUGACACUUUUAAUGGAGGAUCAAAGUUGCAGAAGCGUUGAAAUCGAUGGAAAUUCAACUUCUUAUUCUGAGUUCGAUUCUUAUGAUCAUAAUUCUCCUUGUCUCUUGAUAUUGGAGGUACCCUUAUCAAGUUGGUUUAUUUUUCAAGAAAAGAUAGUAGUUUGGAGAGUGUUGGAAACGGUGUCCAAGUGGAGGAGGUUGGACUUGUAACUAGUUCCAAGAAAUAUCCUAUCCUUGACGGCAAGCUCCAUUUUGCAAAGUUUCAGACCAGCAAAAUAAAUGAGUGCCUGGACUUCAUCGAAUCGAAGCUCCUUCAUGGCAGCUGUUGCAGUCAUCAAGAGAUUUCAGACAAAAAACAAUUGUUAAUCAAGGCCACUGGUGGCGGUGCCUAUAAAUAUGCUGAUCUUUUUAGAGAGAAGUUUGGAAUCAGGCUUGACAAAGAGGAUGAGAUGGACUCUCUUGUGGCUGGUGCUAAUUUUUUGCUAAAGUUGAGGAUUUGUGCAGUCCCUCGUGAAGCUUUCACGUACAUGGAGGGUCAGAAAGAUUUUGUGCAGAUUGAUGCCAGUGAUUUAUUUCCCUAUCUCCUUGUCAGCAUAGGCUCUGGAGUUAGUAUGAUUAAGGUUGAUGGGGAUGGAAAAUUUGAGCUAGUUAGUGGGACAAGUUUAGGUGGUGGCACUCUUUUGGGUAUGGGAAUGCUUUUAACAAAUUGCCAAAGCUUUGACGAGUUCCUGGAGUUGAGCCACAAGGGAGACAAUAGAAAUAUUGACAUGCUUGUCAGAGACAUAUAUGGAGUAACUGGCUAUUCUAAGCUUGGAUUGUCAGCAACAACAAUAGCGUCUAGUUUUGGCAAGGUUAGUUUUGAUAAUAAAGAGUUGAAGGACUAUAAAAAGGAGGACCUUGCCCGAUCUCUGUUACGGAUGAUUUCAAACAACGUUGCACAGAUUGCCUAUAUGAAUGCGGGGCACGGGCAACUAAAACGGAUAAUCUUUGGAGGAUUUUUCACUCGUGGUCAUGAAUAUAUUAUGGAAACUAUAUCCGAUGGAGUUCAAUACUGGUCAAAAGGUAAAGCAAAGGCCAUGUUUCUGAGGCAUGAAGGGUUUUUGGGAGCAUUGGGUGCAUUCAAGAGCUAUGAGAAGCAUGGCCUUGGUAGCUUAAUGGGGCACCAUCUAACUGAACAAUCGCCUGUAGCAUCACCUCGCUGAGAUUAAACCAAAGUUGAUUGGUCCUUUGCUUGUUGGAUAGACAGACUGGAAGCAUCACUUUGGGCAUAUUGAUUAGGGUACAAAGAAAAUAACCAGAAAUUAGUUUCGGGGUUACAUGUGGCAAAUUUUCGCUUGCCUUGUUAUUAAAUUAUAGCAGUCUUGGUCGUGUAAGUUGUAACAUGUCAUUUAGCUGUAAUAUUCAUAUCAACAUUCUCAUUUGUACAUAAAAAUUAAAAACUUGAUGUUAUGGCCUAUAUAACUCAACAAGGUAAUAUAUUGGCUUUUGAAA